AUGGAACAAGGCACGCCUGCCGACAACGACGACCGCGACGACCGCGACGACCGCGACGACGACGUGCACCACACCCCGAAACCCGCCGCCACCAGCCCCGACGCGCCGCACGACGCCGCCCCUGAUGGCCACGUCCAGCUGCCCAUCAAGGACGAGGGCGAGGCGGUCGCGGUUGCGCUCGACGGCAGCGACCAUGGUGGCGUCAUGCAGCGCUCGGCCAAGCGCCGGAAGCUCGACGGCUCGCAUUUCUUGACGGCCACGGCCAGGACCACGACUGCGGCCACGGCAUUCACCUCCACCUCCACCUGCACCUCCACCUCCACCACCACCUCCACCUCCGCCUCUACGCCGCGCUCAGCCUCCCGCGCCGCAUCGCCGCCCUGGAAGUCUUUCACCGCCGACGGACCCACGACCGUCUUCGAGAACGGCGUGCGCAAGUCGUCGCGCGUGAACCGGGACGCGCCGCCGCCCCCGACGCCCGAGCCUGCGAAACGCGCGGGCAGACACACGGCGAGGCCACCGCUGACAAACGGCAAUGGCAACGGCAACAGCAACGGCAAUGGCAAUGGCAACGGCAACAGCAACGGCAACAGCACGCCCAGGCACGGCGUCACGGCGAACAGGGCCACGCCCACAUCGCGCAAAUCAGAGCGCCAGCGCAAACCUGCAGCCCCAGCACGCCCCACGCCGCCCGCAUCGCCCGCCCUUGGCCAUGUCUCGCCCGAAGCUGCCAGGAAGCGCGGCGGGCGCACACGGCGCGCCGCUCAGGACGCCGUUGCUGCUGCUGUCGCGGUCGCGGUCGACGAGCGCAGCCACGACCCACGCGCAGCCAACGCACACGACCACCAGCCUGACGACGGCCUCUAUGCCGACCACCUCGAUCCCUCAGCUCCCGCGCCUCGCCUGCGUCUGAAGCUGCGCAAGCUCGACCCUCCGCAACGCCACCCUCUCCACCUCGCCCCGCCGCCCAAGCACGGCUCUCUCCAAGCCUUCCUCGCCCAGGACGACCCGCUCGAAGGCGAGGAAGGCCAGCGCAUGACCGAGGCAAAGGCCGAGGAAGAGGCACAACGCCGCAUGCGCAUUGAAGGUGCUGCCGAGAGUGGCGUGCUGAGCCAGGCCGUCUGCAGCGUCUUUGCCCCCGAGCCGGCUCCCGAGCCACCACAGCAGUACGGCCACUGGGACCAUGUCACUGCCCACGCCCUGCAUUUCGGAAGAUUGCUGGCCGACGAGAAGAAGAACCACAGGCGUCUGGCCAAGAUCCUUGCGCGCGAGGCCCAAGAUCGCUGGUCCGUCAAGUACAAGCGUAAGAGCAAAGACGAGCUCGACCGGGAAGAGAUGGACCGCCACAUCCUACGCUACAAACAGCUGGUCAAGGACGUCAAGGAUGCCUGGGGCCUCGUCAGGGUCGAAAUCGACAAAGAGCGCGUCGCCAAAUAUGAGGAGGAGCAACUGCAGCUGGGCCACAAGGCCAUGGAUGACAUGUUCAACCAGGCGCAGGAAAUCCUGGGCCGCGGUGCUGCUGACUCGGCAUCCUACUACAGCGAGGACCGCGGGUUUGACGGCGAAAUGGCUGAGUUGGGCAGUCAAGUCUCGGACACGUCCAGAAUCCGCAACGAUGAUGAUGUCAUGUCCUCGAGCGACGACAGCGAGGAAAACAAUGCAGACGACGACGACGAUGCAAAUCUUACCGCAGAGCAGCUACGCGCCAAGUAUGAACAGCUGCCUGAUCUCCUGGACAGCAGCUCGGGUGAGGAAACCUUUGAAAGCGAAGAAGAUGCGGAGGAUCAUGUCGAAGAAGUCACGCCCGCGCCUACGCCAGAGUCUGAUUUCCAGACGGACGAUGCCUUUGCCACACCAAUCGAACAAACAGUUUCCACCAACAGCUGGAGUGACAACCGCAACAGCGAGCCCACCUACAUCAACCCCGCCAACGUCGAGCUGGAACAGGUCGACGACGCGUUGCUGGAUUCUGAAGACGAAGAGGACGCUUCUCGAUCUGGCAGUGAGGCUUGGCCAAGCGAUGACGCUGAAGACGAGGACGGCUCAGAAGCAGUUCUAGGAACCGGAGCAUCAGACUUGGGCACAGAUGAUGAUGAUGAUGACGACGACGACGACGAUAAUGCUGAUGAUGAUGAUGACGAUGUUGGCAUGAUGGGCUUCCUCGGUGCCAGUGAUAUCAGAAAGCUAAAGGAGGCCGCCAAGGCUUCGGUCGAAGAAGAGGCGUCAGAGGUAUACGUGCAAGCGAACGGGGUAAACGGUCAUCAUUCACCGUCUGCGGCUGAUGAUCAGGACGAGUCUUCUAUCGAGAAUCAAUUCGUCGACAGUAGUCGUGACGUAGUCAACGACGAGAACGUCCACGUCAAUGGACACUCGAAUCGCGCUAAAUCACCUAUCAUCCAAGCCACUGCAGAUGAGCCAGUGGAAGAGGACAUCGUGAUGGAAGCCGGAGAGGAUGAUGUGCAAGCAGUAGAGCUUAUGCCCAACAAAUCUCGCCAGACAUCAUCGCCUCCGCGCGCAGAGAUUCCUCCUCUCUUGCGAGGUACACUCCGCGAAUAUCAACACGGCGGACUCGACUGGCUCGCGAAUCUCUACGAUACAGAGACCAACGGUAUCCUCGCUGAUGAGAUGGGCCUGGGCAAGACCAUACAAACCAUCUCGCUUCUGGCCUACAUUGCCUGUUAUCGAAACGUGUGGGGCCCACAUUUGGUAGUAGUCCCCACCAGCGUGAUGCUCAAUUGGGAGAUGGAAUUCAAGAAGUUCCUGCCUGGUUUCAGAAUCCUGACCUAUUACGGCGACAUCAACGAACGCAAGCGUAAGCGUAUGGGCUGGCGAAAUACCGGUAAAGAUAUGUACAACGUCGUCAUCACGUCGUAUCAGCUCAUUCUCCAGGACGCUGCCGCAUUCAAAAUGCGGGCAUGGCAGUAUCUCAUCCUAGAUGAAGCGCACAACAUCAAGAACUUCAAGUCGCAGCGAUGGCAGACUAUGCUUACCUUGCGGACGGAGCGACGCCUGUUGCUGACAGGUACGCCAUUGCAGAACAACAUCGAUGAGCUCUGGUCUUUGCUCUACUUUUUAAUGCCUGCUGGCUUUGCUGGUGAAGGUCGCAUCGCCAACCUUGAGGAAUUCACUUUGGCUCUGAAGAAUCCAACGUCACAAAUCCUGGACCAAGGCCGACAGCAACUCGACGCUGAGGCGCAGAAGAUCGUUGCCAGACUACACGAGGUGUUAAGACCGUACUUGCUCCGCAGACUAAAGGCGGAAGUUGAGAAGCAGAUGCCUGGAAAGUAUGAGCACGUUGUGUACUGCAAGCUGUCCAAGCGGCAGCGGCAGCUUUACGAUGGUUUCAUGGGCCGUGCGGAUACGAAGCAAAUUCUGUCAUCUGGCAACUACAUGUCCAUUAUCAACUGCUUGAUGUCGCUACGAAAAGUGUGCAACCAUCCGGAUCUUUUCGAGACGCGUGCCAUUGUCACUUCCAUGGCGAUGCCAAAGUCAGUGGUUGCUGAGUUUGAAAUCAAAAACCUGUUGAUUCGCAAGCGAGUGCAUGAAGGGAUGGAGGACAAGCGGGUGAAUUUGGAUGCGCUGAACAUGGUCUUCGCACGACGCGAACAGACGCAAAUGCGGCAUGCUCGACGCUCACAGCAAAUUCGCGCGACACGACCGCUGGAGGAUCUCAUCGAACGCCAGACUCGCCGAAUCAACAAGAACUCUCCGGCAGGGUCCUCGUCACUACAGGCAACGUUGUCAGCACUGGCUCGUCGCGAACAAGUGGCCGUUCGCGAUCAUCUGCAGAGAUGUCUCUCUCUUACUCGUACUCGGACGCAGUUUCUCCCAAUCUACGGAAAAGAGAUCAUCGAUGCUGUCACCGUUGACUGGCAUGCGCAUGUAUUCGGUCCCCGACGUGCUGGCAUCAAAAUACUGAAGCCAAAACCACCGCUACCAAACGUAUACCAUCCGAUACAACAGUCAUUGCAGCCUCAGCCUACGCUAGUGUACCCAACGCAUCAACCCAUCCCAACGAAUCAUCAAUUCGGGCAGUCCACGACGAUCAUACCACCAAAUGAAGAAGAGGCGCAGUACGAUGUGAUAAGGAGAUAUCACGGUGAACUCGGCUUCAGAUCGCCCAAGACGAUUCGUGCUGCAAAUGAGUGGUGCAACGAGCAAGUGACCCACUUCUUUGAUAUGAUUCCCACCUUAGAACAGCGAGCAGAGGCUCUUCAGCCUCUCAUCACCCAGUUCACAUGCGUCACACCGGCAGUCGCUGCAGAGGAGCUCGCACCUUUGACAGUGUCGAAACAAGGUGUGGAGCUCAUUAGGUCCUCAGAGAUGGCCCACCAGCGGGAUCCUUUCCACGAUGCCCGCAUGCGUCAGUCCAUCGCUUUCCCUGACAAGCGUCUACUGCAGUACGACUGCGGAAAGCUGCAGCGACUUGCCACCCUUCUUCGUGAUCUCCAGUCCGGAGGCCAUCGUGUCUUGAUUUUCACCCAGAUGACCAAAGUGCUUGAUAUUCUGGAACAGUUCCUCAACAUUCACGGCCACCGGUACCUACGUCUCGACGGAUCUACCAAAGUCGAGCAGCGUCAAAUUCUCACCGAUCGAUUCAACACCGACACCAGCAUUCUGGCGUUCAUCCUUUCAUCCCGUUCUGGGGGUCUUGGCAUCAACCUCACAGGCGCCGACACUGUCAUCUUCUACGAUCUCGACUGGAAUCCCGCCAUGGACAAACAGUGUCAAGACCGAGCUCACCGCAUCGGCCAGACACGCGAUGUCCACAUCUACAAGUUUGUCAGCGAGUAUACCAUCGAAGCCAACAUCCUGCGCAAAUCGAACCAGAAACGCCUGCUCGACGAUGUCAUCAUCCAGAAAGGCGACUUCACAACCGACGCCUUCAACAAGGUCACCUGGCGCGAUGCACUGGAUGAUGACCGUGGCAUCGACACCUCCGAUGAAGCCGGCGCAGCUAUGGAGAGGGUUCUCGGUGAGCGCGCCGGCAUCCUAGGCGACGCGCGUGUCAUGAACACUGUCGAAGAUACCGAAGACCGCAACGCUGCUUCCAUCGCGCAAAAGGAGAUUGUGGACGAGAUUCACGACGACCAAGUCGAUUUCAACGAGUCUAGCAAUGCAACACGCGCUGCAUCUGAAGCUGUUGCUGCUGCCGCUGCCGAGGCAGAGCUGGAGGGGCUAGUCGAGAGAAGACAUGUGGACGAGUACAUGCUGAGCUUGUACAGAGAGGAAUAUGGAAAAGAGCCAUAUAAGCCACCGACAGACCGACAGAAGAGAAAUCGGAAGGGCCAAGACCCGCAUGUUAGGCAGCGAAAAAAGAAGUACUAG